AUGUGUUUCAGAGAUCUGGCCACCCUCAGCUGCACCACGUGCCACCGCGCCUAUGGCCAGAUUGCAGCCAGCACCCACGUUUGCGGGCUCAAGUGCGGCACAUUCCUGAACCGCAGCACCGACAAGCAUGUCAACGGCGAGUGUGCCGUCUGCGCUGGGAACAGGGAGGAGAGCGCCCGGCGAGCCGCUGCGUUGAGGCGAUUUGGGAGCAACAGUAGCGGGACCCAGGCUUGA